AUGCGCGCGGUUGUUUACCAUGGCACGCCUUUCGAAAUGAUGGUUCAAGAUGUCGCCAAGCCAGCCAUCCUGAAAGAGACGGAUGUCGUUGUGCGGGUGACCACCGCGGCC